AUGUCUAAAUCAACGCUGGUGAUAGUUUUCUUAAGUUUGGCUGCAUUGGUGGCGCUGGUGAAAUGUGAUACGGAAACAACAACAGUGGCACCCCAUAAAAGGGGUUACAUUAUUGCCAAUAAUGUUCCCGCACUUGAACCAGGUUGCGAAUAUCAUUUCAAGUGUAAAGUGAAACUACAAAAUGCUGAAGUACCCAAACCAUGCCUGAAAUCUUGCGUCGAUAGCUUGGUCUGCAACAACCAAAAGAGAGGUAUUCGCAAGGGAUUCUAUUGUGUGCAAUUUAAUGAAGAACUCGUUGCCCAAGAAUAUCAGGAAGAGAAAGAGGCUACUGCCCACGUUAAAGCCAGCCCCGUGGCAAUGAUCGAUUUCCCAUGUCAACCUGGCUAUUUGCCUGACAGUCGUGGUCGUUGUCGUGAGGUGUGGUAAUUU